CUCUGCUUAUACGUACCAGCUAUUAUAGCUUUGCAUAAUACUUACUUGAAUGGGCUAUGAAGUCACUUGAAAGCGAUUAACGGCAGGAAACUCCAACCUUAAUUCGGAUGAGAGAAAACAUUUGACUUGAGGCUGAGCAGUCCGAGUACACACUCGAAUGAAAGCCUAUUUUUAUUCAAAUACCCUGACGUAUUUCAUUUGAGAGAAAAGUUCAUUAAAACUCCAGCGUUGAGACUCUUCAUUCGACACUCUCCCCUUGGACUCCCGGUGAUUAGCGGCAGGAAACUCCAACCUUAAUUCGGAUGAGAGAAAACAUUUGAUCAAUCCGGGUACUCGAAAGAAAGCCCAUUUUUAUUCAAAUCCCCUGACGUAUUUUAUUUGAGAGAAAAGUUCAUUAAAACUCCAGCGUUGAGACUCUUCAUUCGGCACUCUCCCUUUGGACUCCCAGUGGACCGGUUGUGAUCAUGACUCCUUACUUGCUACUUCCACUUUUCCUAUCCGCUUUGCUAAGUCUAGCCACUUCUCAAGAUGCUGCCUUCUGGAAUAACCAAGCGCAGCGGACCCUUGAGGAGGCCCUGAAUCUUCGACAAAACCAAGGCAUCGCGAAGAAUGUCAUCUUCUUCCUCGGAGACGGCAUGGACAUCACCACCACCACCGCUGCCCGCAUCCUCCGGGGCCAGAUGGACGGUGAGACGGGGGAGGAGGGCUCCUUGGCCUGGGAUGAUUUUCCGCAUGUGGCCCUGUCGAAGACAUACAACACGGAUCAACAAGUUGCGGACUCGGCCGGUACAGCGACGGCAUUUUUAUGCGGCGUGAAGGCUAAAGCCGGUACACUUGGAAUUGACGACGGGGCCGAAAGGGGUAGCUGUGCGUCUGUUGCAGGGACCGAGGUGGACUCUGUUCUUGUUGAGGCGAACCGAGCAGGUAAAGCCACCGGUCUCAUCAGCACUGCUCGCGUAACCCAUGCGACUCCAGCGGCCGCGUAUGCUCACUCGGCGGAGAGAGACUGGGAGAACAACGACCGCGUGCCCGAUGAGGAGGCUGACGAGGGGUGUAUCGACAUCGCGAGGCAACUCGUAGAAGAGAACAACUUCAUUAAUCUCAUUCUUGGUGGCGGUCGUGUUAAUUUUCUUCCAAACACUACGCUUGACCCAGAGUAUGGUGACGAGAACACGACAGGCUAUCGCACAGACGGACUCAAUCUGAUCGAACAAUGGCUAUCGGUAAAAGGGUCGUCUGCGCAGUACGUGUGGAACAAAACCGCUCUUGAUCGAGUUGAUCUGUCAUCAACCGAGUACCUAUUAGGUCUGUUUGAACCAAGCCACAUGAAGUACGAGGUGGACAGAUUGAACGACACGGCCGGAGAGCCCUCCAUUGCCGAGAUGACGGAGCUUGCGAUCAACAUGUUGAGCAGUGAUGAAGAUGGCUUCUUUCUCAUGGUGGAAAGUGGACGUAUCGACCAUGGUCAUCAUAUGGGGGUCGCCCACAAGGCUCUCACCGACACCAUCGCCUUCCACGAGGCCGUUGCCAAGGCCAUUGAGAUGACAGACAGCGACGACACCCUGAUCUUGGUGACCGCCGAUCACGGGCAUGCUUUCGCUAUAGGCGGGUACGCGAGUCGAGGAAACCCGAUAUUUGGUUAUGACGAUCGGAACAACGGCUCCGAUGACAAGCCGUACCUGACGCUGUCUUACGCCAAUGGACCAGGCGGCAUCGCUCUUGCUGAUAGCUAUAUCAACACAGGGGCACGACCCAACCACUACACUUCAGACUACGAUUCGGAAGGGUUUGUUCAAGAUGCAACGGUUCCAGCAAUUUCCGAAACCCACGGAGGUGCUGACGUAGCCAUUUACGCGCACGGCCCGUGGUCCCAUCUAUUCCACGGGACGCACGAGCAGAACUACAUCCCGCACGUCGUGCGCUACGCAGCCUGCUAUUCGGACAGCGAGGAUAACGCGUGCACGCGUGCGACCGAAGAACCGCCGAUGUGCACCGGGAGCGCGCACCCUACUGUCCUUGCGCGUUGCGCCUCCGUCAUUCUGCCGUUGAUAUCUCUUAUAUUUCUGUGGAUUUCGAUGUAAAAACAGACAGAUACCAUACCUAAAUAUGGGAUCGUAUCGUAAGACAUAAUGUCGUUGGUAUAAGCCUUUUUGUAAAUACUAUCUGCGCAUGGGCAGAUUAAGGUCAUUUCUGAUAAAAUUGUAAAACCCACCGACAGGAAUACGUGCUCAUGUUAUGUAAUCAUAUUCAUGUGUGCACCUACGGUACAUACUUAUGAAACAAGAGGGCAAACAAAAGCUUUUCAUGAAGCACAUACAUGACUUUGGCAUUGAAUAUUCUAAAAUACACAAAGUGGGACUUCUCCAUGAGUAAAAGAUUUGUGGAUAUUUGGGGUCAUUUUAUCCAUGUGCUACGAAAUGGUCUAUUGUCCGAAACAAUCGACUUAGUUGAUAUAGCCUAUAGAGUUAAGAUUUUUUUGUAGAUACCUUAAGAUACAUGUAGUACAUGUAUAUAUUUCAGAAAAUGGUUAUGCACGAUUGUGCUUACAUAUUUUUGUAUUUUAUUUUUUAACCAUAUUCAGUAUAAAAGUACUAUAUGUAUUUACCUGGCUUUAUUUGUUGUAAAUUGAGCAUUUUUAGAGACGUACUAAAGUUUGAAGAAUAACUCGAUGCUGCAAAAUGGAAAACGGGCAAGAAAGAAAUUCGUCCAGAUAAUCUUUCCUUCCAUUGAUUCAGCUGUAAUUCAUUGAUUCCGGUGAUUGCAGGUGUUUUCAUGUAUGUAGUAAUUAUGAUUAUGAAGUGGUAAUCAUGUCUUUGUGUUCCAGUCUUUGUGUACACUGACUGAAACUAGCAGUAUAAAUAGUGAUCAUAGAUAUGAAGAGAAAAUGUAAAUAUUUCAUGAGUAUUUUUUUUAGUCAUGGAAGAAUAAAAUUCAAAUUUUUAAACCAUUA